AUGUGCAAAAGGCGCGCGCCCACCGUUCCUCACCUCGCCACUGCCACGGGAUGCAAUUUUUUCAAUGCCCGGGCGCGUCUUUUAAAAAUAAGGCAGAAAUUACUGCCGAAAUCCUUGUCGGAUCACAAUGCUGUAGCGUUAGAAAAGGUUAAGAUCAAUUGGGACCGAAAACCUUAUCGUUGCUUUAAUUUUUGGUUGGAGGAUAGUAGUUUUAUCUCUGCCGUUAAAGAUGCGAUUAAAGAGGUAGCUUCUGCUAAUGGUAGCAAGAGGAUUGCUAAGUUAUUGUUUGAUGAGAGAGGGGCUGUGAUAGGCUGGUCGAAGAAGCAAUCCUUUAAGUCUGGAAUUGAAGAGCUAGAACAAGAAAUCAGUAAGGUUGAAUUGGAUUUGCAGGAAAAUGGGGAAAGUCAAAUUGUUAUGGCAGAAUUAAGAAGCCUAAAAUGUAGGCUAUAUCAAGGAAGAAAGAUCUUGGCUAUAGAAAUCGAGGGUGAUCGGGACACUAGUUUUUUUUCCCACAACUUUGCUUCUGCUAGGAGGCGGUGUAACUCAAUGCUUUCGAUGGUUCAGGAUGGGAGGAGGAUUGAUGACCCGGCUGGCUUGAAAAGAAUGAUCCAUUCAUAUUUUCAAAGUGUCUAUAAUAAGAAGGUUGUGUUUUCUGAGGAGGAAAUAUUUCAAGCUUACACUUUGUUUCUAAAUUAG